AUGUCUCACAUACAGCUAACCAGCUUGAGUCCUCAGGCCAUAUCACAGAAGAAAUUAGUGUUUUUAGAUCCCAAGGAGGUUCCGCUACUUGAUGAUAUUCUGUUUUUCAAAGUUAAGCAAUUUGAUGAGCAGGAAAAGUUUCUUGAGUAUGGAUAUCUAUCACGAUGUCCCGGUACUACAAACGCGUACUGCUUGAUAGAUUCAGGGAGACAGACGGUCCCAGAAGCCGAUUUGGGCGAUAAAAUGAUGGAAAUCAACGAGGAUUCAGUUCAGAAUGAACCUUUGGCAGGUUCUUCGGUACAAGACACACUUUCAAUGUGGAGAUGCGACCCAGAGCAUGAUAUUUCCAAGAAGGACCGACUACCUGGAUUUUCCAUGAAACCUCCAGCAACCGAGCUUCCACCUCUAUCUCACAAGCUUUCUCCAUAUACAAUUUCACCGAAAAGCGAGUCGGAUCCUCUCAACUUCCUUCUAUCCAGAUACUACAGUACGCUCUACUCGCUCACCACUCCAUUAUCAUACUUUCCCAAAACAGCACUAACCAGAUUCAAGGUUAUGUGUAGCAAUGAUAUGGCCGUGAUGAAAAUGCAUUUGCUCUCUGUAUAUUUGACUCCCGAUCAACUAGAAGAGAGAUAUAAGACCAAGUUUGGUUUGAUCAAUCCACAGCAUGCACCUCUGACUUCUAGUUCCAAGUACGAGGUAGAAAGUCGUCUGAUGUUUGCAAGCAAGUAUUUGGGAGUAACUCCGAACGAAGAAAACUUGGCCAAGUUGGUGUUAGAGCUUAAGAUACGAGAGGCACAUCUCCAAAUUUUGGUGUUGAUGAGCCUUCUACUUGCUUGGCCCAUUGAUGAGCACCAGUUUCUUGAGGAAAUGCCACUCCGUCAGGCUAAGGCGACUACUGUUAGACAGAAAAGGUCUCUUGUUAGACGAAAAGGAUCUAAGAAGAAGAUCAUCCCAACUUUCCUAGGAGUUGGAGUUCAAGAUCACAUCGAAUCACCAGAAAAACCUGUCAAGAGGGCCAUUGAUGAGCUCUCCUUGUACACGUCACUUAUAGCAUUGGUAGACCAAAUGGGAAUUUGGGACUCUUUAUUGGGGCGUAUCAAGGGUGUCAAGGACGAGUCAAUGUACGGAUUUCUUGCUUAUGUUCUUGUGCCAUUCUUCAACAAACAGCUUCCACAGGUGGUGCAAUUUGUGGUCCAAAAGGUUAAAGAUCUGAGGCCCAAGCUUACAAUUCCAAAGUCCAAGUCAAGUAAGAAACUGAAAUCAAUGCAUGAUUCUCCUGUUGAUGACCCUUCUCCUGCCGAGGAAGAAGCUGAGGCUCCUAAAAAGUCCUCCAGAUUUGCAAAGGUUCUCUUGUCUCCAAGCCAAAUGCCUUUUCUACGCCGUUCUGCCACAACAGGGAAAGAACUUCAACCAGCAUUUCUGCUCAAACGCUCCAAGUCCAACCUUGGUUCUAAGAACCUAAAGAGGAGACAGGUGGACAUGUCUGUGUCAACGAGCAACCCAGACACUGAAGAACCGAUUCGAUCCAGGUCUUUUUUGUUUGGAGAUGCAAGGAGAAUCAAAUCUACGGCGUCGUCAGCUGCCCUUUCUGAAGUCACUCAGGUGGGAGCUACUCCGAUGAAGAGAAGUCAAAGUGCUUCCGUAGCUUCAGUAUCUCACUCUGUUUCAGCACCGAAGGCUACCUCUCAAGUGUUGGCUACACCCUCCAACGUUAGAGUGGUUGAUAUUCACCAGCAAAUUCUUGAGACUCCACAACAUGCUUCAGGAGGCUUUGCCGUUCCUACUCGAGGACCCUCUGUUCUGGAAAGGCUUUUGAAAUUGGCUCCUCCAAAGGAUGAUUCGAUAAACAUCACCUCAUCGCCCGUAAAGGGUUCUCUGGAUGUUACUCCGAACCUCUUUCUGCGGUCCUCCUAUGUUAUUGAAAGCUCACCUCAAGUUGCCGUGGAGUCGUCUCCAGUGGCUCCCAAAUCACAAACAAGAGUAAAGCCAGGUGAACCUAUAGCCCUUAGCGAUUCGCCGUUCUUCCGUUCGAAUUUGAAUGGUCUGCCUCCACCGAAAUCCACCAAAGGUCGUUUAUUUAAGACUACGAAGCUUGUUCGUAAAGAAAAGCCUAGUCCGGGCUCCAAAAGCAAGAAAGCUCUUCCAAACUUGGAAUCGAGUAAUAUCCCAUCCUUAGUUCACAACGAAACGAGUAUUGACGAGUUGCUGGUUCAAACAGAGAGUGCAAAUGCUCUGUUUGUUAAACCUUUACGCAGUUUGCUAGCUGAACGUGUCCAAGAACCAACGAUCCUGACUUUUUCCAAGAGCACUAGUGCGUCAUUUGAAGGAUCCGACACUGACUCAGACUCCGACUCCGACUCCGACUUUGAAAGACUUCUAUCGUCUGCUCCGAAGCCAACUAUCCGCAAAUAUUCUAGAAAGUAG